CUCCGACACUCUCAUUCAUUCUUGCGGCCUGAUUCUCCUGAACACCUAAUAACCCUCACAUCACAGCACACCCUAAUAACCAAUCCAACCCAAACUCCUACAGAAGCAACACAAUACUGUGAACCCCCGAGAAUCACACAGACACGGGCAAUGAGGCUCAACCACCUCGCCUGAACCAACGCCCUCUACCCCGACCAAACCAAACCAAACCACCACACCCACCGGGUCCCUCACAACAACAACACCACCACCAGAAAAUGGCCUCCUCAACCCAACCCUUCGGCUCGCGCUCCUACGCCGCCGGCAAACUACCCGACCGGUCUCUCAACGCCGCCAACGCCCUCCCCUUCAGCGCGUCCUCAUUCUCGCGCCACCGCGGCCUCGCCAGCGGCGGCGGCGGCAUCCCCAACCCCGGCGGCGCAGGCCUAGGAGGAGCCGGGGACUUCAGCAACGACCCCAGCAGCAACAAAGCGAGCCACGCAGCCGCGCAGCACAGCCACCUGCAAAGCGGAGGACCACCGGCGCCGCCGCUGCACUCGCAAGCCCACGGCCAAGACACGACGAACCCGCUGAGUCGAUUAACGGAGGAACAGCGGGAGGAGAUUAAUGAAGCUUUCACCCUCUUCGACCUCGACCGCGACCGCCACCUGGACUACCACGAACUCCGCGUCGCCUUCCGCGCACUCGGCUUCUCCCUCCCCAAACAAGAACUCAUCUCCUUACUCACGACCUACGGCGUACCCCGGCCCCAAGUCCAGCAACAACAAGCCCAAGCCCAAUCGCAAAACCACCCCACCCCGCAGAACCCCCCGCAACCCCUCCAGAAAUCCACCACCACCAACAACAACCCCCAACACCCGUCCAAUCUCCUCAUGCCCCUCAGCGCCUUCCAGGCCGUCACCGCCUUGAAAAUUCUGGAACGGGAUCCGCGCGACGAGAUCCUGCGGGCGUUCGAGCUGUUCGACGAAGGUGGGAAGGGGUACAUCGAUCUGGAGGAUCUGCGGCGCGUGGCGCGGGAGCUGGGCGAGACCGGGCUGGAGGAGGAGGAGCUGCGGGCGAUGAUCGAGGAGUUUGAUUUGGAGGGGGUAGGCGGUGUCACCAAGGAGGCGUUUGUGAGUAUUUGUUGGCAGUAGGCCCUCGAAUUCUUGGGGCUGGGGGAGUGAGUCUUAAAGUAAAGUGGAAGUGAUAGGUUUAGGAUAUUUGAGGCGAGAGGUUGGUUGGUUGGUCUUGUGAGGCUUCUUGCCUAUUGGGAUCAUGGGUUUGGGUUCAGGCUUUAGAGGAGCACUUCUGCUUGUGUCAACGCUUGGUUGUUGUUGGUGUGGGUGGAACUGUACACCUGUAUAGUUUGGUUAUAUGGUCUCGGAGCUGAAAGGCUGUUGACGUCUUUUUUUUUUCCCUUCUACUAUCGUUUUGGGCAUUGGGCAGGCGCCGAUUGUAUCUUCCUCGUUUGUCGACUUCUCUUGUACUCUCAUUGCUGUUUCACUUGGCUAGUUGUCU